UGCUCUUGCCGAGUCGUUGCGGCAAUAAACGGAGUUGUACAGAGGAGCAGACAUACAACAUCCGGGCAACAGUAAGCUUGCGCAGAAACGGAAUGGCGGAGGUGGGUGACAAGCAUAUUAACAUUAGCACAGACACUGUGGCCUAGUGGAGAGUGGGCAAAGUACAGAGAUGAAGGCCUUCAGCAGAAGAAACAGCAGCUGGAAGAAGUCAUAGAGGAUAUGGAGGAGAAGCUUUCUCGCUCCAUGAAAAUGGCUGCACAAUCCCCAACAGUCAGUGACCUUCCCUUGGAGGAGCUACUGGCUUUGUAUGGAUAUCAAGUAUCCAGUCCACAGAAGGAAACAUGUCCUAUAACCACCACUCUGCCAGAUAUGACCCUGGAUAAGGAUCAGAAGACGAAGGACCUGUUUCAUGGCAAGAAAGAGAAGCAAGCUUCAGCCUAUGGCCUCACCUCCUCAAACACCUCAGAUUUGCUGCCCAGCCUCCAGGACGGAUACAAAGCGACGACUGUCAGCUCAUCAGACGACGACACUGAUGAUUCUUCUAUUCCGUCCAAUGAAGAGCACAAGGAGAUCAUGGUCGGCUCCAUGUAUCAAGCAAAAAUCCCACCAAUAAAUCCACAUUUAUCUGAGGAGAGAGCUUACAACAACGACGACCAGUUGCUGUGGAGGCCCGGGGUUUUGCCUGUACAGGAAGUAGAGAAAUUUUUGCAGAAUGCACAGAGACUUGGUGGCAAGGAGGGGGCGGUAUGGACUCAAACGGCCACUGUCCAAGACAAUGAGCAGGCACUGUAUGAACUAGUGAAAUGCAACUUCAAUGCAGAAGAAGCACUGAGACGGUUACGUUUCAAUGUGAAAGUAUUCAGUGAGGAGCUGUGUUCUUGGAGCCAGGAGGAGUGUAGGAACUUUGAGAAUGGCUACCGCGUUUAUGGGAAAAACUUCCAUCUCAUUCAGGCUAAUAAGGUACGAACUCGCUCCGUUGGUGAGUGUGUGGCGUAUUACUACAUGUGGAAGAAAUCAGAGCGCCACAUGUUCUUCACCCAGCAGGCCACAAGGGUGAGCCGAAAAAAGUACAUCAUGCAGUCAGAGAACAUUGAGGACGGAGACCAGGAUGGAGAGGGUGGAGAUCUCGAGGGAAGCAACAAUUCUUUGGGGUUACUGUCACAGAUCUCAAUGGAGUCCCGGUUUCCUUCAAGUACAAGUCUGGAUCUAAACAAACAAGAAGAGGAAGGCCGCCCCAGGCGCAGACGAACGCCCCGCUUUCUCUUAAAGCCAUGACCUCCGUCCACACGCGCCACAGAAAGCAGGCUGGGCCUGCAGACGGUGAGCUGGUGAUGAGUCUGUCCGAACUGUGUCCCGACGACUGUCCUCAGCAGCUGUUCGACUGUCCGUUCUCUUACCCAUCCAUGGCCGAGCUUGGAGACGGCGACUCGGCUCGUCCCUCGGCUCCGGUUCAGCUCCAGUCUCAGCCGUCUGACCAGUGCUCCGAGUGGGGCCGUGGAAACCCGCCGUCCCGCCUUGACGACGACCACGGCUUCCUGAACUCCUGUUUCUACCACCUGCAGAUGCACGGCAGGCCCUUCGUUUCUGACGGCCCUGGUUGUGGCGUGGCAAGCGGUGGGACUCACGCCUCCCGCAGGCUGCAGGUGGAAUUUAACCUUCCCUCCACCUCGGCUUCCUCGCCUGAUGUUCUCUCAUCAAACUUCCAGGCGUUUGGCAGCCUGCUGCACCCCUAGCCCUUUUAACGUUCGGGCAGAGUGUAACGUACACGGACGAAUAUCAUCCGUUUACUCGCUCUGCAGACAGAUAUUUAAUUGGUUUUUACAGCUGAAAAAAGAUGGAGCUCUUGCUCUGGUGGAGGCCUUACCAUCAAUGUCCGUCCGUUGUUGAAUGCCGAGUGUUUUAAUUUAUGACUGUCAGCCGUUGAUCGUGUUUAUAUCUAUUAAUUACAGUUUGUAAAAGCACAGUGUAGGGGAUGAAAGCUGCAGACCAGUUUUCUAAAUCGCAUCCAUUAUCUGAGUCGUAACUUAUUCAGUUUUUGUUUUUUUUGUUUGUUUGUUGUUUUUUUUUAUCAUCAUUAUUUCUGGGAAGGAAAAGUUGGGGUUUGUUUCUUGUUUCUUUUCUUCUAUCACUUUUAUUGCUACUGUUUCAGGCGAUUUUCCUUCACACACAUCAGAUGCUCAACCUUGGCAAGUUUUUUUAUAUGGAAAGGAUGUUCCCCCCCUCUCUUCCUCCACCCUGCCUGUCUUGUUUAGGUUUUCUAGCAGAACUUUUUCAUAUUUACAAUGAAACCUGUAACAAAAUUGUAUAAAUACAUUUGUUUUAAACAUGAAGCCAUAAAGAAGCUCUAUAAUUCAUUAAAACUUCAUUCUACCCGUUUUAACAAGUUGAUUAAAUUGUACUUGACACGCGUGAAUUAAUUGGCCAGAGAACUGAGACAAAUUUGACCGUGAUUGUCAAGUCAAAACCUUUUAACCUGUUGGGUUUGUUUAUGAAAUGCAUAAUAAUGAGCUACACCCACUAUUUUCUGUCUACAAUGCAUCAAUCAACAACAUGAACUCCGCUGCAGUAGCCUGCAUCAGCUUCUUUAUCUGACUUUUAGUAAAUCAGAUGCAAAUUAGGGAGCUAUGCUUUAAUUUUAGAAGUAAAAAAAAACAUCUUAUUGGUGCAUUCUUUUACUUUUUUACAUCAAAUGUAAUAUAAACAGGUUUAUGUAUCACUGACUUCUGUGUCUCCAUGUACAGUUUGUCAGUUCCUGCAAGAUCAUUGUGUACCAAACACUCAUCCUUGAACGGCUUCAUGUUUAAGGAUGUAGCCGGAUGAAGGAUGAAUGUUCUGGUCUGAAGGCAAAGUUGUUUGUUUUCAUCUGGUUCACAUUCCUUUCAGCCAAGGAGUGACCUGUCCUUUACUUCCAACCUGAACUUCUGGUUUCUGGCUGGGUUUUAUUUAUUAUUAGCUGAAUACUCCCAACAACAAUAUAUAAGAGCAACUGAGUUAUGCACAUUUGCCAAUCGACAUUGAGAUCGUUAUUUCAUCAGAAUAUGUUUCAGGUGUGAAAUUACUCUGGUUUAAUUGAUAACGUAGCACAGCUCUUGUUUUGCAUCCCUGCCGUUUCUUUGCUUUUUUGACUACAGAAAAAAAGCCUGAAUGUAGCAAACUUCUUUAAAGUAAACAAACAGCAGCGCUCAGGAAAUGUACGUAGAGUAAAAAUUGUUGUUCGUGUCCGACUGGGACAAGCAAUGUCCCAGUCAGACACUUUAUUUGCUUAUUUAUCUAAUAGUGGUAAUAAGAGUAAAAAUGCCCUUUUUUAGCCUUGUUUAUAUGUAUGUGUUGCUGCAUUUUGCCGACUCUAAAAGAGCAAAACGUUCCGCAGAUGAAUUGGACCCACUUCGUCUGUCUUCACUCGUUUCCUCAUUUCCUUUUCUAACUGGCUGUGUGAUCCAUUUUCAAAUCAGAGUCCAUCGUUUUAUUUUAUUUUAUUUUUAAAAACGCAGGUAAAGACAGUGGAGGCAGAAAAAAAUGAGCUGAAAUCUUUUAUUUCUUUUUGUUCUUAUGCAUAUAUAUACAUAUAUAUAUAUAUAUAUAGGUUACAUACAUGUAUUCAAAUUAUAAAUUGCUUUCAUCAUAUUUCUUUUUUUAAAUAUAUUUUGUAAAUAAAAUGUAAAAUUAAACUUACCAGCGUAGACAUUAAACUGUAGUGUUAUUUAAA